GCAAUUUCGUCCUCGUCCAGUAAGCAAGCUUCAAAAUCAAUCCACGUUCCAACCAAGACGUAAAACCUGACAAGAAAUCUGCCCCCAUUAAACGGAAGAAGUUAAAGAACAAUUGAGUGUCCAUGAUGGAGAUUGGUUACGAUAUUGUCCCGAGACGUAGCAUCCACGCCAAGAAGACCAACCAGGCAACCAGUUUCAACGAAUAUUAUCGUGAAUCGUUGUCCCAAAGGAUGGAGAAGACUUCGCCACAAAUCCUGCAAGGCGAACAACCCUUCGUCGUAGACGCCGAAGAGGAGACGACAAGCUGGCGACAAACUAAUCCACUCCUGAUUGCGAAUGUCCUUGAAGUCAUUUUCCCCCACUUGGACCACGCCUCCCUGAAAGCCUGCAGCCAAGUAUCCUCCCUCUGGUCCGUCAUGGCCACCCCCCUGCUCCGAUCUCGCUCCAAGAUCCACCUCGAAGGCCCCCUCCACGACGACCGGAGUCACGCCUUCCUUUCAACCCUCACCCCCACCGACACCUUGCCCAUGGCCAGCCUGACCUACAACCUCCACCACACCUCGACCCCCUUCCUGUCCGAAAGAGCGUCCAGUUUCUUCUCCACCUUCGGUCAUUCCCUCACCUCCCUCACCCUGCAAGCCUACGCCCACCAAGACCCGGCCAAUUCCCUCGGCACGAACCAUUUCUUCUCCGUCGUGUCGCACCUUGUGGGUCGCGACUGCCCCUCCUUGAUCCACUUGAACCUGACCCACCUCCAAAAUCUCGACUACCUCGACCCUGAAAUCGAAUCCCGAUUGACUUUCACCUCUCCUUCCAUCCGCCACUUGACCAUUUCCUUUGAAGGGAACUCCCUCAUCCGACCAAGACGUGCCCUGAACUGCAUGGCCGUUUUGAAAUCCCUCCUCGCCAUUGCCCCCAACGCGACCACCCUCGACACCGACUGCCUCUGUGGGGGUGAAACCUUCAUGUACUUCCUCAUGACGUUGAGAGAUUCCCAGAUUUCGGGCCAACUGACCAGCUUCUCCCUCAGCGGUGGACCACUCGACAAGGUGGCGAUGAAUAUUUUGAACUCCAUGACCUUCCCCAGACUCGCCUCGCUCAAGGUCAAUACCCUCAUCUCGGCCCAAGUGCAGACCGAAUUUGUCCAGUUUUUAGAAAAGUUGAGCCCAACGCUGCAAAAGUUUGUCAUGUUUGGCGACAAACGGGGGAAAUUUGGGUUGCAGGGGAGAAUGGCGAGGUAUGAGGAGGGAUUUACGAUGGAUUUCCCCCUUAUGCCCAAACUCAAGGUCUUGCAGCAUCAGAAUUAUGAAGGCUUGCGACUUGGGGGUGAAGAUUUUCUGCAAAGGUUGCCAAAUUUGGAGGUGAUGAUUCGCGACUAUCAAGUCUCCUUGGCAGAUAUGAUGCUGUGUCCACAGCUUACCGUAUGGGGGACCAUGUUCAGUCCGAGCAGUUACAAGAGGGGGAAGAUUACGCCGAAUUAUGCCAACGUCCAUGUCAAGAAGGUCGUUCUUGAUGUCGUCUUCGUUCCCUCGUAUGAAAAUCUGUCCUCGAUGGAAAAACUGUUAAAAAUGUUUCCAAAUGUGGAAGAGUUGGAGCUCACAAUCAGUUUCGCGUAUCACAACGUGUACGUGGGUCAAGUUUUAGACACUUUGGCCAAAUCCAAGAUCAAGGAGCUCAAGAUCAAAUUUCAACAGUGUGCUGAACUCAGAUCCGAGAGGGUUGCGGCUUCAUUUCAUUCAGCAUUGGUGAAUUAUUUGCCCAAAUUUUCGGAACUGCAACGGGUCGACUUUGUUUUGGAUGACAUGCCACCGAUGUCCAGAUUCAACUUACCACUUUACAUUGUGAAAGGGAUGUUAUGCACCAGGUCCUUGAGCGUCCUUAACCUCACCGGAUUUUGCAUUGGGGAGGACCUCGAAGAGACGGAAAUGUGUCGCCAGCUCUUAGAUGACAAAUUGGCCCAGUGGAAAAUUAGCGAGAGUUUGAUGCCUUAUUCAAAUUUUAGUCAUUUCGAGUAUUAAUUAAUUCGUUAUUAGUUUUUUGGCGUCUACAAUAACAAUAAUGUAAUUUUGGAUGGAGAAUUUGAGUAGAUUUUGAUAAUCGAGGAAUCUCUUGCUUGUGAUAAGUAGUUUUGGAAGUUUAUUCGUUACGUAUUAUUCUUAUCGCAUUCGUUUUUGUUUUUAUUUUUUGACUUACGCUACAAUUGAAUUAUCAAACAUGUUGGUUUCAUGGUUAGGAAUUUUGUACAUAUUUUGCAUAUCCGACAGAUAUGCAAAAUAUAUGCAAAAUUCCUAUCCAAAAUUCCAAAGAUGUCCAAACAGAUAGUAUCUGUUUUGACAUCUUUGUAUACAUUUCGUGAAAAUCGAAUUAUUUUUUUCGUACAUAUUUUUAUUUUUUGACUUAUGUCCGCUAUAAUUAAAUUGUUAACCAUAUUACAUAUUAAUUUCAUAGGUUAGGAAUUUUGUACCUAUCUUGUAUAUUUUGACA